UUUCAGGCUGCAGAACUGUUUGUCGAGCAGUGAACUGGACGUUGCGAAAAUUUCGAAGUUGAAUAUUGCAUUCGAUAAGGCACUUUUUCUUAAUUAGUAGAAGUAUUUUCCGGAUAGCAACAGAUGGCAUACCAGAUAUCUCGACCGAACGAUGAUACAGAUCGCACACUGUGGAUGGGUGAUUUGAGUCCCGAUUGGGAUCAGGCAUUCAUAGCGGAAGCAUUCGCUCGAAUGGGUGAAGAAGUAACUAAUGUGAAGAUUGUUUUCGAUAAACACAGCGGAAAGCAAGCCGGUUAUUGCUUCAUUGAAUUUGCUGACCGCGACUCGGCUCGCCGUGCGAUGUUACACAUCAAUGGAAAAAUUAUUCCGAAAUCGAAACCAUGUGCAGCAUUCAAUCUUUCCUUUGCUAAUUCUCCAAAUGCACCGUAUACAGAGUAUAAUCUGUUUGUCAACAAUGUACCACAAGAUAUGGAUGAUGCUGCUCUUUUUCUGAUUUUUGGUGAACGUUAUGAAUCGUGUCGUGGAGCAAAAGUAUACCGAAAUACGGAUGGUACCUCAAAAGGGUUAGGGUUCGUACGAUUUUCGGAUCAAACUGAUCAGCAGAGAGCAUUGCUUGAAAUGAACAAAUAUCGCGUCGAUGGUAAGCAACUAAUCCUAAAAUUGGCACAGCCGAAAUAUCGAGCACCAAGACAACCUCGUCAUCUUCAGCAGCAGCAGCAGCAGCAACAACAACAACAACAACAACAGCAAGCUCAGCAUAUUGUUACUGGAUAUGAUACCACCACUAAUUAUUUGCAUACACAGGAUAAUGGCGCAGCACCUGUGACAUCUCCAACAUCAGUGGCAUCUUAUUAUCCAUAUAAUGCGGCACCUGUGACAAGUGCUCAUCCAGUGAAUACUUAUCAUGCUCAAUAUACUUAUCCACCAACUCCUCGAACUACCCCUCAGCAAACCGUUUCUGAACAGUACUAUUCUUGCGUAGUUGGCGGGGCAAUUGUAUCGUACGAAAUGUGUGGUGUCGAACCAGUGGAGGAUGAGUCUGCUGAACAGAGCAACGAAUAUGUACUAGAAAAUGGUGAAGAAUUUUACGAAGCACUUGAGCAAAGCAGGUGGAGUAAAGUCGUAUUUGAUGCUAAUAUGUGUGAAGAUGAUCUUCUAAAAGCUCUUGGAUGAUAAUUACCUCUGUAUUUUUUCAAAUAUGUUGAGUUUUAUGUAUAUAUGCAGGCUGAUUUGUUGUUUUCUGUCAUAGUUUCAGGAUUUUGAGGUAUUUAUUUUUUGUUUUAAAAACUUCAAUUGACUUUGUCUUGUUAGCUUUGUUGAAUAUUCUCCUGUGUUUGUUUGAGAUGUUAUUGAUUGAUUUUCGUGGGAAAAGUGAUUGUUGUAUUCCCUAGUGAAAAUAGUUUGAACCAAAUGAAACUACUGAUAAUCAUAGUGGAACUUUUGGACCUUUGCUAGACAUCUGAAAUUUCCAAUAUUGAAAUACUGCACCAUUGUUUUCAACGAUUUCAC